CCCCAGCCCUGCACGUGAGCGUGCAGGAGUUCGUCGGCAACAGGCUCUGACCUUGCGUUGGAGUUUGUUAGCGAAAAGGUAUCAGCGUUCCAGAGAAUUGCCCACCACAUGGAUGCCGCCCGAGGCAGCAACGAUUGGCGUUCCCGCUUCGGGUCAGCGGAAAGGCUUCACCAGCACUUCUAUCAUGGAGACCUGACAACCGACCUUCUGCGAAGCCACAGACGGAUUACCGAGUACGGCACCCUGGAACUACUGAGGACACUGUGAGCCGACACGUCGGCGGCUAAUCUCCAGACGCAGAUAUGUUACCAGUUACUAACAAUCAGGAAAGGCAACGUACACCGCCAUGGCCCACGUCCCAAGCCGGAAGGCAGCCGCAAUCCUCGGGCUGCACCCCAAUACCCUGAGGUCCUAUGCCAACAAGGGCAAAAUCCCCCACUACCGAAACGCCGCCGGACAGCGCCUCUAUGACGUCGACUCCUACCUCCAAGGCAACCAGGAAAACAACCAGGAAACAACCAGGAGGCAGAAACAGUCUGCUACUGCCGCGUCAGCUCCCACAAGCAAAAAGACGACCUGCAAAGACAGGUCCAGUUCAUGCAGGAACGUUCCCUGACGCAAAUAUCGUCACCGACGUCGGAGGCGGGCUCAACUUCCAAAGGAAGGGACUUGUCUCCCUACUGGAACGACUCCAUCGCGGAGAUAAGCUCCAGAUUGUGGUUGCCCACAGAGACCGCCUCGCCAGGUUCGGCUUUGAACUCAUCCAGUGGAUGGCCGAGCAGAACGGCGGCGAGAUCCUGGUUCUGGACAACACGGAUCACAGCCCCCAACAGGAACUCACCGAGGAUAUUCUCGCCAUCCUCCAUACCUUCAGUUGCCGGCUCCACGGACUCCGCCGCUACCGAAACCAAAUCCAAGCGGAUAAGGAUCUAUCCGACAGCGGACCAGCG